AUGCCGAAUUACGAUCUCGAUGUUGGCAUGCGCGCCAAAGAGGAGAAAACUACUCUGUCAAAUAAACAGUCUCACGGAGUACUGCGCGCGGAAAUGUCAUUCUCCAAUAUUGCCAUUGCUAAUGUCAACGUCAUUACUUUGACCGAUUCUUGGAAGCUGGACGGGAACGGAUCGAGCGGCGGAAAUCAGUACCAACCCCCUUCGUUUUCACACGAACAUGCGAACCCACAGGUCAAGAUCUAG